AUGGAGCAGCUGAGGCAGCGGUGCCACUGUGGGCAGCUGGUGGCACCGUUGCUGGUGCCAACAGUGCCCCUGUUGGCAGCUGAGGUCCUCAACGCCGUCACCUCUUCCAGUCCCUCAACGCCGUCACCCACUUCCAGCCCUCAACGCCGUCACCUCUUCCAGUCCCUCAACGCCGUCACCCCCUUCCAGUCCCUCAACGCCGUCACCCCCUUCCAGUCCCUCAACGCCAUCACCCCCUUCCAGUCCCUCAACGCCGUCACCCCCUUCCAGCCCUCAACGCCGUCACCCCCUUCCAGUCCCUCAACGCCGUCACCCUUCCAGCCCUCAACGCCGUCACCCCUUCCAGCCCUCAACACCGUCACCCCUUCCAGCCCUCAACGCCGUCACCCCUUCCAGCCCUCAACGCCGUCACCCCUUCCAGCCCUCAACGCCGUCACCCCUUCCAGUCACUCAACGCCGUCACCUCUUCCAGCCCCUCAACGCCGUCACCUCUUCCAGCCCCUCAACGCCGUCACCUCUUCCAGCCCUCAACGCCGUCACCCCCUUCCAGUCCUCAACGCCGUCACCUCCUUCCAGCCCUCAACGCCGUCACCCCUUCCAGUCCCUCAACGCCGUCACCUCUUCCAGCCCUCAACGCCGUCACCCCCUUCCAGUCCUCAACGCCGUCACCUCUUCCAGCCCCUCAACGCCGUCACCCUUCCAGCCCUCAACGCCGUCACCUCUUCCAGCCCUCAACGCCGUCACCCCUUCCAGCCCUCAACGCCGUCACCCCUUCCAGCCCUCAACGCCGUCACCUCUUCCAGCCCUCAACGCCGUCUCCUCUUCCAGCCCUCAACGCCGUCACCCCUUCCAGCCCUCAACGCCGUCACCUCUUCCAGCCCUCAACGCCGUCACCUCUUCCAGCCCUCAACGCCGUCACCUCUUCCAGCCCUCAACGCCGUCACCUCUUCCAGCCCUCAACGCCGUCAACCCUUCCAGCCCUCAACGCCGUCAACCCUUCCAGCCCUCAACGCCGUCAACCCUUCCAGCCCUCAACGCCGUCAACCCUUCCAGCCCUCAACGCCGUCACCCCCUUCCAGCCCUCAAUGUCGUUACCACUAG